ACGUGUGUGACGUCGUUGCUGUAAAGCAAGUCGUGAUUUGUCAGGGGCGGUUCUCUCAAGCUUGCAUUGCUGGUUUUGGUAGCGGCGUCCUCCCCGAGCUUCAACAGGAGGAUGAUUCGCCUUACUAUGACUUUGUUUACCACCGAAAUAACUUUGAAGCUGUUAUAUUAAGCAGAUAAUGUGUGCAUUUGUAAUAUCCUGAAAUUGAUGUGGCUUCACUGAAGCUGGGAAGAAAAACACUUCAACAUUUCAUUCAAAAAGCAGAAGUGGAAGACAUUUCAGAGUUUUUGUUUGACAAGUUGGCAGUACGUAGCAAGUAAAAAUACAUUUAUCACCACUAUUGAAGAAUUGGAUCAGAGCUGGAUGAUGGCGUUUGUUUCAGAUCUCCUGGUGAACUCACUCAAUGAACUGAUAAAAGCCCAACUGAAGGAGUUUCAGUGGCAUCUGAAGAAUCAUGGUGGAAUUUCAGCUUCUGAGCUGGAGGAUGCAGAUGUCUUAGAUACAGUAGAUAAGAUAAUGAAGUGUUAUGGACCAGACGCAGCUAUGGAGAUCACACUGAACAUCUUAAGGAAGAUGAAUCAAAACCAUCUGGCUCAACUGCUGGAGAACAAACACAAAGAAGGUCCAGUGACAGUUGACAGUAAAGCUGCUGAUGGUUAUUACACUGAGCUGAGCAUCAGACUGAAGAACAUCUUAAAACAGGACUAUGAGCGGAUAUUGGACGGUAAUUCACAGACUGGCCAUCGGAAAUAUCUGAACGAUAUUUACACUGAUCUCUUUAUAGUAGAGAAUGAGACUGGAGGAGCAGUGACUGAGCAUGAAGUGAGACAAAUUGAAUUAAAUCUCAUCCGAACUCCUGCUGAGGACUCUCCAAUCAAAUGCAAUGACAUAUUUAAAGUCCAGUGUGAUAGACGAAACAGAAAAGUGAUGACGAUGGGCAUCGCUGGGGUGGGAAAAACUGUCUCAGUCAAUAAAUUCAUUCUUGACUGGGCUGAAGGAAAGGAAAAUCAGGAAAUCGUCUUUGUUUUUCCUCUGCCUUUCCGUCAGCUGAAUGUGAUUCAAAAGGAUUAUAGCCUAAUGGAUCUGAUUCACGAAUACUUUAGCUGUGUUAGACAACUCCCAUCAUUACCUGAAGAUGAAGGAAAGAUCAUGUUCAUCUUUGAUGGCCUGGAUGAGUGUCGAUUCCCUUUGAGCUUUGAGAAGAGCCAGAGAUUGACAGAUGUUCAUGAAAAAACAACAGUGGGUGUCAUUGUUACAAACCUGAUUAAGAAAAACCUGCUUCCUUUUUCUCUCAUCUGGAUCACCUCCAGACCAGCAGCAGCCAAUCAGAUCCCUCGAGACUACAUUGAUCAGAUGACAGAGGUCCGAGGAUUCAACGAUGAGCAAAAGGAAAAAUACUUCACCAAAAACAGCAAACCUGACGUGGCAGAGAAAAUCAUCUCACACAUGAGAAAAUCCAGGAGUCUUUACAUCAUGUGUCACAUUCCUGUCUUCUGCUGGAUCUCUCUCUGUGUUUUUCAGCCUCUGCUGACUAAAGAGGAUCAUGACAAAAUUCCCACAACCCUCACAGGGAUGUACAUAUACUUCUUACUUUCUCAGAUGCAGCAAAUGAAAAAGAAAUACCGUGAUGGUCUUCCUACAUCUUUUAAAGAUGUUGUUCUGAAGCUCAGUAAACUGGCCUUUAAACAGCUUCAGAAAGGAAACCUGAUUUUCUAUGAAGAAGAUCUUCAGAAAUGUGGGCUGGAUGUCAGUGAAGGUCUUGUUUACUCUGGGUUGUGCACUCAGAUAUUUCAAACAGAAAAGCCAGUUUCUGGGAGAAAUGUGUACAGCUUUGUACAUCUCAGCAUUCAAGAAUUCCUCGCUGCUCUCUAUGCAAUUAUAAUUUACAAAGAUAAAAAAACAAAUCCAUUCCCUGUCUCUCUGGGUGAAAAAGUGCAAUGGAUAUUUAAAUAUUCACUGUUAGAGCUUCAUAAGAGUGCAAUUGAGAAUGCUCUUCAGAGCAAGAACGGACACCUGGACCUUCUCCUCCGGUUCCUCAUGGGUCUUUCACUGAAGUCCAGUCAGAAUGAGCUAAGGGAACUUCUGCCCACACUGAAGAUUACAAAUAAAGAAGAAAACAUAACAGACACUGCUGAUUAUAUCAAAAUGAAAAUUGAGGAAGCGAAAUCAGAUGAGAGGAGAAUCAAUCUCUUCUACUGCUUGGGUGAACUUAAAGAUUAUUCACUGAUCAGAGAAAUUCAAAAGUAUCUGAAUUCAGGAGAUCUUUCAGCUCAGAGUCUUUCUUCUGUUCAGUGGUCUGCUCUGGUGUUUGUGCUGCUGAUGUCAGAAGAGAUUCAAGAGACGUUUGAGCUGCAGAAGUACAGAAGAUCUGAUGAAGCACUGAUUCGACUAUUGCCAGUGAUCAAACAAACCAAAAGAGCUCUUCUACAGAGCUGUAAUCUGACUGCUGAGUGUUGUGAAAGUUUAUCUUCAUGUCUACAAUCAUCAUGGUGUCUCCUGAGAGAUCUGGACUUGAGUAACAAUGACCUGCAGGAUUCGGGAGUGCAGCUCAUCUUUGAUGCUCUCAAGAGUCCAAACUGUAAACUAGAGACACUGAGAUUGUCCAGCUGUAAUCUGACUGCUGAGUGUUGUAAAAGUUUAUCUUUAUCUCUACAAUCAUCGUCAUGUCUCCUGAGAUAUCUGGACCUGAGUUAUAAUAACCUGAAGGAUUUAGGAGUGAAGCUCAUCUCUGAUGCUCUGAAGAGUCCUAACUGUAAGCUACACAUACUAAGAUUGUCAAUGUGUAGUCUGACUGGUGAGUGCUACAAAAGUUUAUCUUCAGCUCUUCAAUCGUCAAACUCAUCUGUGAGAGAUCUGGAUGUGAGUAACAAUGAUCUGCAGGAUUCAGGAGUGAAGCUCAUCUCUGAUGCUCUCAAGAGUCCAGACUGUAAACUACACACACUGAGUUUAUCCGGCUGUAAUCUGACUGCUGAGUGUUGUGAAAGUUUAUCUUCAUUUCUACAAUCAUCAUGGUGUCUCCUGAGAGAUCUGGACGUCAGUAACAAUGAUCUGCAGGAUUCAGGAGUGAAGCUCAUCUUUGAUGCUCUCAAGAGUCCAAACUGUAAAAUAGAGACACUGAGAUUGUCCAUGUGUAAUCUAACUGCUGAGUGUUGUGAAAGUUUAUCUUCAUGUCUACAAUCAUCAUGGUGUCUCCUGAGAGAUCUGGACGUGAGUAACAAUGACCUGCAGGAUUCAGGAGUGAAGCUCAUCUCUGAUGCUCUCAAGAGUCCAGACUGUAAACUACACACACUGAGAUUGUCCAUGUGUAAUCUGACUGCUGAGUGUUGUGAAAGUUUAUCUUCAGCUCUUCAAUCCUCAAACUCACCUGUGAGAGAUCUGGACUUGAGUAACAAUGACCUGCAGGAUUCAGGAGUGAAGCUCAUCUCUGAUGCUCUCAAGAGUCCAGACUGUAAACUACACACAUUGAGAUUAUCAGGUUGUAUGGUGACAGAUGAAGGUUGUUGUUAUUUGGCUUCAGCUCUGAGUUCAAACCCAUCAUCACACCUGAGAGAGCUGGAUCUGACCUACAAUCACCCACAACACUCAGGACGCCAGAUGCUCUCUCAGAGACUCAAUGAUCCCAAAUGUACACUGGAGAUACUCAAGUAUGAACCCAACACCAGUACUCACAAUGAAGGAAAGUUCAGAAUUACAGCAGGACUACAUAAAUACGCCUGUGAUCUCACACUUGAUGCAAACACAGCACACAAAUGUCUCACACUGUCUGAGGACAACAGAAAGGUGACGUACGUGAUUGAUCCUCAGCCGUAUCCUGAUCAUCCAGACAGAUUUGAGGAGUGUAUUCAGGUUUUGUGUAGAGAGAGUCUGACUGGACGCUGUUAUUGGGAGGUUGAAUUCAGCUGGCGAGCUCGUAUAUCAGUGACGUAUAAAAGCAUCAGCAGGAAUGAAAGAAGCAGCGAAUGUGAUCUUGGAUUUAAUGUGAAGUCCUGGAGUCUGUAUUGCUCUGCUAAUAGACUGAUAGUCCGUCACAAUGAAAGCAGCAUUGAUAUACCUCCUCCUUCAACUUCAUCUAAUAGAGUAGGAGUUUAUCUGGACUGGUCAGUGGGCACUUUGUCCUUCUACAGCGUCUCUGAUACACAAACACUCAAACACUUACACACAAUCAACACAACAUUCACUGAACCUCUAUAUGCUGGGUUUAGAGUUUAUGACUUUGUGUUACUGUGUUGAAAUCUUUUCACACUUACAGUGCUUUAUUGUAAAUAUGAAAUAUUCCUCUUAUACCACCGUUACCACAGACAUUGCUCUGGUGGUUAUGUUAAGACAGGUCAGGUGUGCAUUUAUCGAAAAAUAAUGCAUACCUGUAAAACAUUUCUCAACCAAUAAUAAUAAAGCAUUCAACAGCCCUGUGGUAUAGAUGGUUUAAGCAGGACCAAUGUAAACAAACAGCUUUUGUGGACUAAGCUUAACUUCCAGUAGACUUCCACACAGAAUCAAUAACAACAGAGUCAUUUACAGUAGUUUAUUUUUGACUACAAGGGAAAUAAAUGAUAAGUAAAUGAUCUUUGUUUAUAUAUCAUAUCUAACGCGUAUCAAGCAUUACACUGAGCUAACGUUACUGUGUAAAAAUAAUGUAUACAAUGUUGGCCACAGGUCGUUAAAUUCUGGCCUUGCUGUCAAAUCUCUCCUCACAGUUGUGAUCCAGUCUCACCUCGUCUUUAGCAAACCAAAAAAUUGUGUUUUCAACAAGGUAUUUCAGAGAUCAGUUUAGCCACUAACUAGCCAGACCGAUAAAUACAGAUCAGAAGUUCGUUUCAGGUGCAACAAUUCACGUGCAUCCAAUGAAACCCUCUAUACCCGUUUUUAACCCGGGGAGGCAGCCUUCUUGGGCUUAACUUAGCUUCCUCUUCUAGACGUUACAUUAGUAAUACGCUCGCUUAUAAUGUUGAGUCAUAGACGCAGCAAAUUUAACUGCUUAUGCUAUCAUAUAUAUAUUAUGUUGUGCUAUCUGUCGUUUUUCUGUGCUUUUCACUGUUUCUCAAAAUGUAAAGCUGCUUUGAAACAAUUAACUAUUGUGAAAAGCGCUAUAUAAAUAAAAUUGAAUUGAAAAAAAUUGAAUUAUACAUGAAUUAUGUAUUUAUUUAU